CAGCAGUUCUCCCGAAAUUCUCGCAACGUUCAAACGCUUUUCACAAUGUUAUAAUUAAAACAUGUAAAAUUCCACUGCAAUAAAGUUUUACAACUACAAUUAGGUAUUCAAGUAAUACUGUCAAGUAAACAAGCUUUAUCUUUAAGUGAUAACAGCAUUCGUGGCCCCGUCUCCCAGAGGAGCGAACGUGUAUUCAUUUUCAUUUUAAUGUAGGUUUAUUUAAGUUUUCAAGUGGGAUAAAUAGUGAAAUUGUGUUGAAAAUGCGGCGAGGCGGUGCGAGGCGCGACCGCGCCGCUCGAGGUUCAUGAACACGAACAGAUGUGUACCGAUUGCCUUCGACAACGCACGUGUUUGUGAGUUCUGUGUUGUGUGUGAACUGUACCAGUGUCGCGAACCCGAUCUAAAGAUUUUAAUCCUGCUGGUCGCCAAAUUGAAAUGUUGCACUUUUCGAAACUUUAAAGCUUCAUGUCAAUAAAGUUUCGACGGUUCAGGAGUAGAACGCGCGAAGCCAAAGAAAGUGACCAUUUCGAAAGUGUGAAAUCGAGGACUAGCCGGUCCUUGAUGAACCCGACAACUUACAAUCCUUGCGCCCUUACACUUUGUAUCUCCAAAAGGCCUUGUCGCUACUCAGCUAGGGACCCAAGAUUAAGACAAUCUUCAAGAGAAAUCAGGAUCUCUUCGACGUAGAAAGUCUGUCCGGGUGUCAAACCCAAAUUCGGUAGAAAUCAACGUUCCUUAGAGGAGUUAAUUAGAGCAUUGAAGUACGUACUUAGACCCGUACUUAAAACAAGCUCGCGUUGAAAACUAAUGGACUCGCAAAGAGCCCAGGCAAAUGGAAUUCCAGGGAAAGAGAAAGCAUUCAAGUAUGAACAAAAAGUACCGUCUGAAGAGGAGAAGACUACGUCUCCAUUGCUUUACAAAGCCGACAACAUUAAGUAUAUAGAUGCAGCAGAUGACGAGAAGUUGAAUAAUGACGACAAACGUGAUAGAGAUCUAAAUACUGUCAAUUCCAUGAAAACGAAUCAUGUUCCAGAUAGUUUGGCUGUGUCCUAUACUAAGAAUGAAAAAGAUGAAGAUGCGGUUUCCACAAAUGAAGGAGUUAAGUUCUUGGGGUUGGGCGAUACGGACAGUAUUUGCUCGAGCAAGCCGCCCGAAGAGCAAGGCCCACAGAUACCUGACGGUGGUUGGGGAUGGGUAGUAGUAUUUGCGUCAUUCUUGAUCGCGACCGUUGCUGACGGUUUAGCCUUCUCGUAUGGAUUAAUCAACGAAAAGUGGGUGAAGCACUUUAACACGACCGAAGCCAAGGUUUCUCUGAUCGGAAGUUUGUUCAUAUCUGUCCCACUGAUAGCUGGACCUAUAAUGAGUGCCCUUGUAGAUCGAUAUGGAUGCAGAAAAAUGACUAUGUUAGGAGGCGUAGCGUCUACUAUUGGAUUUGUAGCUGCAGCAGUUAGUAACUCUGUGGGAGUUCUGUACGUGACUUAUGGUCUCAUGGCAGGUCUAGGAAUGGGGCUCCUGUACGUUACCGCUGUUGUAUCCAUAGCAUAUUGGUUUGAGAAGCGAAGAAAUCUGGCUGUUGGACUUGGCUCCUGCGGCGUUGGGUUCGGAACAUUCGUCUACUCACCGCUGACAACGUUUUUAUUAGACUACUAUGGAUGGAGAGGAACACUCCUGAUAUUGGCUGGCACAGUACUUAAUGUGUGCGUAUGUGGUGCUAUCAUGAGAGACCCUGAAUGGUUAAUUGAGGAACAGAAGAAAAAUAGGAAAUUAAGUAAAGCGAAAAGAGCGUCGAGUUCAAUAUCGAUUUCUGCUAAAUCUGCUAAAUCAGGUGGUGGCGAGUCAGUAUAUCCUGGUGCAGAAGAGUUGAAAUCAUUGAUGAAGAGUGGGGAGACACCGGAAUAUAUACUAACAGCACUAGUAGCAUCAAUAGCGGAAGCGGAACAAGUGGAAGCGACGACCAAAAUGAAUGCCGAUCUAUCACAAGCCAACAAAGUUAGCUCUGUCAUAAAUUUGCCAACAUUCUUACGACAGAGUGAAAAGGUUCCAGUAGAAGUUCUAGAUCAACUGUCAACGAAUAAACGUCUUUAUAACAUCAUACUACAAAACUAUCCAUCACUUCUCGCUUUAAGAAGCAACUCGGAACAAAAGCUACCAAUCGAACCGGCUGCAGACGUAUCUAAAAACAAGCCAAUUAAAAUGUCAAUGAAACUGAAACUGAAUAAAAAAGAAAAGAAGGACUUUGAGUCAAAACUGGAUAUUGUAAGGGAGAAACUAUUACAACCUAUUCCAGAAAAUAAGCCCGCCAUUAUAGCUCCUAGAACUGACCGACAGGAUUGGUGGAAUUUAAAGACAGAUAAUCACUACUUAAGAGGUAUCAGAGUACAUCGUAAUUCUAUUAUGCACAGAGGUGCCAUGAUGAACAUUGCGAAAUACAAGCUACGCGCGUCUUCAUGCCCUGAUAUUUAUAGGAAUUCCAUGUGGUCAAUGGAAGAACAAGAGACUGACGGCUCGUGGGGAAGGCGUUUAAUCGACGCAUUGAACAAAACCUUCGACUUCAACAUGUUUACCGAGUUCCAUUUCCUUAUGAUGAACAUCUCCACCCUAGUGCUGUUUAUCUGGUUCAUCGUGCCGCUGUUCUACCUGCCUGGCUUCAUGGAGGAAACUGGUUACUCCAAGUAUCAGGGGCCAGUUAUGCUCUCUGUGUUCGGUGUAGCCAAUAUUAUCGGUAUUGCGGGUCUCGGCUGGAUGGGUGACUUACCAUGGGUAAACAUCACGAAAACCUACGCGUUGUGCCUCAUCCUCUGCGGCGUGUCCAUCAUCAUGUUUCCCGUCCUUAUACGCAUCAUGGAUCCGUUGGCACCACACAGCUUCUACAUAAUAGCAGUAAACGUCGUGAUAUUCGGGCUAACGUUCUCGAGUUCCUACUCGUACACACCAAGUAUUUUGGUGGAGCUGAUCGCACUGGAGCGGUUUACAAUGGCGUACGGUCUGGUGCUGCUGAGUCAGGGUUUGGGGCAUCUUGUUGGACCACCUAUGGCUGGUGGCUUGAAAGACAAGACCGGAUACUGGGACGCCGCAUUCUACGUGGCCGGCGUUUGGGUGAUCAUCUCCGGCAUUUUGGUCGGCGUGAUCCCUUACACCAAGAAUUUCCGGAUUUGCGGCAACGCUCCGCUGGCGAAGGAUGUUGCUUCGGAACCUGAUCCAGGUGUUAGGAUCAUUGUGCAUUAAACGAAGAGUGAACGACCGUGUACUUUGGAGGGCCUACCAUCUUGUGACCUAAAUCGAAAACUUAAACUUGUCAUGCCAAUACACAGGUGGAUAAGCUCAGUGGGAGCAGCAGGCAGCCACACGUACAGAAUGGCGGGCUGCGAUAAAUGCUAAGAUAACCGAAUUUGAAUCCCAGCGGCGCUUGGAGCUGGAUGCCAAGCGUGACGAAAUAAAAGCCAGAUCACCUGCGGCGAUACAAUAUAAUUAUAUAAAUGGUGUGCUCACAUGCCCGCAAUGUUCGCGAACUUUUACAAACAAGAUCGGGCACACCAGCGACAGCAAUGGAGUCGAUAGCAGUCGCCGUGGCCGUAUCGGCCGUGGACUUAUUAUUAUUAGCAGUUUUCUCCAAUAAACAGUGGAUUUAUGUGCUCCUCCUUGCGGUUCACGCAUGCCCCCUAUACUUGUGUUAAGGAUUCAAUGUUUCUUAGAUCUUGCAAGACAAAUGGCAUGUGAUUUUAGAUACCUAAUUGCCGGCUAUGUAACAAUAACGAAUUCAAAAGAUCUAUGAAAAGCUGCAAGCAUAAUUUUUGAGCCAUUGAGGGUUUACUUUACAUUGGACUUUCAUACCGUUAGUAUUAGAAAUCAAAUUAGCUUGAACCCUAAUCGGAUCAAUAACCGCUUGCUACAACCGCGAAAAUCGAAGUUCGUCAAUUGCGGGCAUUUUUCCCUGUCACUCUAAUUACGUCUUAUUGAGAGUAAAAGAGAAAGAUCCCCGCAAUUUGAGAAAUUCGGUUUUUGCGGUAGGCCCUCUGGGCUAUAACCGCGAAAAUCGAAGGUCGUCAAUUGCGGGCAUUUUUCUCUGUCCCUCUAACUACGUCUUAGUGAGAGUAAAAGAGAAAGAUCCCCGCAAUUUGCGAAACUCGGUUUUCGCGGUAGGCCCCCUGUGACUGUAUUUACUUAUCGCACAUCGCAUGCGAUUAUCGGUGACGUUUUUAGAGGUAAUUUUGAGAAAUUGAGGUUAAGAGUUGUAUUUACCUAGCCAGAGUUAUUUAAAUUUGUGAUGAGUGUGCCUUAGAAUUAUAUGUCAUUGGAAUUAUUUAUGAUGAUCUACAUACUUAAUUUGUAUGUUAUAAUUAUAGCUAUCAUUUAUGCUUAAUUUAAGCACUCCGUGAUUUUAGUUACUAUCUAUAGAUAGCGUUUGGUAUUGUGCCUAUUAUUUUAGAUACUUAUAUAUAAAGAGUCAGACCGGGCUGAGUUAGCAGCGAUUUUGAUAGCAUAGCUUGCGCAACUGUUAUUUUAAACGUCAAACUUCUAUGAAAUUAUAAUAAUAAUAAAAACAUUUAUUUCAGACAGAGCCCAUACAAUCUUGUUAGUUAAUCUUAAAAACUAAUUAUUAAAGUAAAAUAAAAUAAAUAAAUAAACAUAAUAAGCACAACAAACGGUCAGCAGUGUUUGACAACAUGCAUGGACGUCCACCGGGCUAACAUAGGGUUGUCCCAGCGGUUAGCAAACACGCUCCAGAUGCGAUUGGGACUGCCGCGCAGACGGGACAUGAGCGAGGCACACCUUGAGGCCUACCGCGAAAAUCGAAAUUCGUCAAUUGCGGGCAUUUUUCUCAGUCACUCUAAUUACGUCUUAGUGAGAGUAAAAGAGAAAGAACCCCGCAAUUUGCGAAUUUCGAUUUUCCCGGUAGGCGCCCUUUUCCUCAUGACGGCCGCAAAGCCGUCUGUCCAGCAGUGGCAGCAUGGUUCCAUUUUAAUCGCUUCUCACUAUGGCCGUCACUUUCGCACUUACAUACUUGUUAGAACGUGACAGGCAUGGUGACAAAUGAUAAAGAGCCGACCAUCUUAGCCCUACUGGCUAAUUAUGACGUGUGUGUUAACACUUGCUAAGUCUGUGCUUUCAAAGUCGCUGCAAACUUAGCUUGACUCUAGGGAACUUUAAGGAAUCAUGAUCAUGUUUAAAAUUCAGUUUCUGAAAUUGAAUGAUUCCUGGAUGCAUAUCAUUGUUUUAAAUUUGGCAAGUAAAACAUAUACCUACAUUAUACCUAAGUUUCGUAUUAGAUACAUAGUUUAAAAUAAUGCUUGUGAAAUAGAGCGAUUAGUUCAAGGGCAAAGAAUGAGUAUUUUCAUUGCAAUUUUACGUAUUAUGUGUGUUGGUUUUGUAUUUUUUAACUUUUUGUAGCAAUCUUUCUAGGUAUUACAAUAACAUAGGUUCUUCAUUGUUCUUUUGAGAUUGUUGUAUUGAAUGAUUAUGAAUCCGAAUUAACGUUAGCUAUAACUAUUUUUAGUUCAAGGGCGAAUUACAUCCAGUCUUUCCGAUAUCGGGCCCGAAGUUAGUCCCGAAUUCCCGAUGUCGCGUCGGAUAAUCGUCUUCCGUUUCACAGAAUAUCAGCACAUAUAUUUGUACCGUGAAAAGAUGGUUUAUAUGCAAAAAUAUCAAACACUGAAAAUUUCUGGCAAUUUACAGAAAAGUUUUUUUUAUAUGUAAAAAAUUGUUAACGAUGGUGCUGUCAAUUUACUGAAACGGAAAAUACUCUUGCUUGGACCCCGACGACGGGACUGAGGACCUACCGCGAAAACCGAAAUUCGCAAAUUGCGGGGAUCUUUCUUUUACUCUCACUAAGACCUAAUUAGAGGGACAGAAAAAUGCCCGCAAUUGACGAACUUCGAUUUUCGCGGUUAUAGCCCUGACAUCAGUGAUAUCGGGCGAUAGCGAGAGUGAAUGUAAAUUGGCCUAUCAAGUUCGUCCAUAGGAGAUUGGUUUAUUUCAAUAAAAUAAAUAAAUAAACUUGCCAUUUUAAACACCGAUUUUGUAAACAAAGAAUUUACUUUUUAUGAAAACUGCUUUUAAAGUAUUUUAGAUAAUAGGUUUGUUGACUCUACUUACAAAAUAUUUACAUUAGUUGUAAUUUGAUUAACAAUUUACUACAGAAUUAAAGUUUGUCUUUGCAAAAAAAA